UUUUCAUUUUUAUUCGAACAACAAUCGCAGCUGCUUUCAGUUUUCUAUCGGUAAAAUAUUUUUUAAAUAAAUUGUUUAUAACGUACAGUUUUCUCUCCUCGUCUUAUAUCCACAUUUAAAGACUUCUUACAAAUCUUUAAAAAAAAAACUAUUCUGCGAUACGAAUACAUAAAAAAAAAAACAAACUUCUUCGUGAUACCAGAUUCAACCAUCGCUGCGAAUAUCUAGCGCUUAAAUUUUUCGCCUGAAAUUAACCACUUCAGCAAUGAAUAUAAAUAACAGCUUAUUUCAGGCCGUCCGAGAUGGCAAUCUCACUCAAACUAAGGAAAUUGUCACCACCUAUGGUUUAUCAUACUCCAAGGCAUGGGCAAUGGGAUACGUUUUACUACGUACUUCCACCAAAAAUAAACACACUGAAAUAACAAAAUUCCUUAUAACAUGUGGCGCUAAAGUAAACAACAACAAUAAACGAAGAAAAUUAAAUGAUACCCCAUUGCAUUUUGCCGCCAUGAAUGGCCACAAAGAAAUUGUCGAAAUGCUUCUAAAUAAAGGAGCUAAUAUUCAUGCCAAAAACGAAUAUGGCGGAACUGCACUUCAAGCUGCAGUCUUUCGAAAACAAUCCGAUACAAUUGAGCUCUUGCUAGAUCGCGGAGCUAUUGUCGAUGAGAAAAAGAACGAUGGAUCAACUCCACUUCAUACAGCCGUUCAAAGAGGCAACAUGAAAAUCAUCGAAAUUCUCAUAAAACGCGGUGCAAAUGUAAAUGCCAUUGCUAAUUCCUACCGCAAAGAAGGUCAAACACCAUUACAUUUGGCCGCUGAAAAAGGCGACGAUCGAAUUGUUGAAUUAUUGCUCAAAAACAAUGCUCAAAUUGAUACUAAAUCGAAAAAUGGUAUUGCCCCAAUCUAUAUUGCCACACUUUACGGACAUGAAAAGGUUGUUAGUAAAUUAUUAGAUCAUGGGGCAAAUGUUGACACCCAAGACACAUCGGGUAAAACCAUACUUCUAGUCGCUGUCGAACAAGGUUCCCUCAAAAUUGUCGAACAUAUACUUAAACAUAAUCCAGAUCUGAAGAACAAAAUGAACAGCAGCUCAAUUAACAAAGCUAUUUACGGAUCCAAGGGAAAAUACCGAUUGAUUUUAGACAAACUUUUACAACAUGGAUUCACUUAUAACCCAGAUCCAAAGUUGCUCCAAACAGCUAUCGAAAAGGGUUAUAUACAAAUUGUUGAAAAUUGUCUUAAGACCUCUCCAAAUGCUAAAUCUGUUUUGAUAAAUGUGCCAAAUAAAUCCUCUUCUUUGCUUCAUAUUGCAGUAAAGAAGAAGCAAUAUGAUAUAACAGAAAUGUUAAUCAAAUACGAAGCAAAUGUAAAUGCCAUUGAUGAUAAGGAGAAAACACCAAUGUAUUAUGCAACUGAAAAUGGCGAUUUGAAAACACUUAAGCUCUUGCUGGCAAAUAAAGCUUCAGUGACAAAUUGCCAAGGUCUCUUAAUAAAUGCAGUUAAAAGGGGUAACAAAGAAAUGGUGAAUUUGCUGUUAAAUCAUAAAGUUAAUAUCAAAGAUAUGGAUGUGUUGGGAAGAACAGCCUUGCACUUUUGUGCCCUCACCGAAGUUGAUGAUUGUUUAGAUUCGAUUUUAUGUUUGGAAAUAAUUCGUAAAUUCAUUAAAAAUGGCAAGGUCCAAGUCAAUGCGGUUAAAGUUCAAAUUGCCAAGAUACUUCUUGCCGCUGGCGCUGAUGUUAAUGCCAUAGCCAAAGAUGGCAAAACAACUCUUCAUUAUGCCUGCCUUAAAGGAUACUACAAUAUGGUUCAACUGCUCUUUGAAAAUAAUGCAAAAAUGUUUGCUGAUGAAUCCGGCGCACUGCCAAUACAUCUAAGUGCUUAUAGCGGCGAUGUUGAUAUUUUAAAAGUACUCAUUGGUAAAGGAGCCGAUGUUAAUGCCAAAACAAAGGAUGGAUGGACUGCGGUGCAUUUUGCUACCCAUGAAGUUCAAAUUGAAUUUUUAGAGUAUUUAUUGAAUAAUGGUGCCAAUAUCGAUGCAAAGGAGGAAAAUGGAUCGACUGCUCUUCAUAUUGCAGCCAAAAGCGAUUAUCAUGACUUUGUCGAACUCCUUCUAAAGUACGGUGCUGAUAUUGAUGCUACUGAUGAUAGUGGCAGAACAGCACUUUACCAUGCAAAGAAAGAAGGAAACGACCGUGUGGUAAGGACAUUGCUUGAAUUCGGAUGCGAUUUAAAGAAUCCCAUCGCUAAAAAGAGUUUCACACCAUUCGAAUCGGCUUUGAUGUUGGGCGCUGAUAUUUUCUCCGAAUUAUUCAAUCAUUUUGGUUCGGAUGAUGACGACGAUGAUGAUUAUUACGGUUCCGAUUAUGAUUGCUUUGAUUUUGAUUAUGAUGACUACAAUGAAUCGGAUGAUGAUGAAGAUUUUUAUGAUUCUGAUGUUGAUUAUUUUGAACAUCCAGGUCGUAGUAUUUUUUCCAGCAAUCAAAUUGCUGAAAUGCUUCAACAUCAUGUCAUAAUGAUGAAGGCUGCAAAGUUACCCGUAGAAGAGGAAGCCCCAGAAUCGAAUAAUGCUACUACUUCCAGUAUGAUGCACUCAGUUUUUAAAACUAAAUGCGAAGAAGAAGUUGAAAAGCUGAAGAGUGAAAAAAUUUCUGACAAUACUAAUGUUACAUUUUAUGAUAUUCUGUCAAAGCCUCUUGAUAAUGUUGCUUUUUAUGCAAGAAAUCCAAAAAUUGUCGAAGUUCUCAAAACAAAUGAUUAUAAGAAAAAAUUCCCAAUGUAUAGUGGAUUGUUAAAUGGAAAAAUUGUAAGAGCAUUUAAUAGAAAAGAUCUACUCGAACAGGGAUAUGCAUUCUUUAGUUUGCUAACGGAUAGUCAUUCGAUUAGACUACCUUAUAAUUGCACAGAAACUAUAUGCAGUUACCUCAGUGAUAAAGAUUUGAGAAUCUUGGGUGAUGUAUCAAAACCUAAUAAGUACAGGUCAGCAAUGGGUGAAAUAAAUAGAGAAUUUACUAAUGCAGUUAACAAUGGAAAUUUAGAUAGAUUAAGACACUUAAUAAAUCGACAUGGAAUAUAUAAAUCACAGGCACAUGGAUAUAAUCUUCUUCGUGAAUCAAUCAGGCAGAGAAAAGGCGAAAUAACUAAAUUACUUCUAAGCAGUGGAUCCAAAGUAAAUAGUAUCAGAAGCAAAACAAUUCCAUCAGAUACACCACUUCACUUUGCCAUUCGAAAUGAUGACUUCGAAAUUGUACAAAUGCUCUUAGACCACGGAGCUGACAUUGAUUGCCCUAACCGAGAUGGUUGUUCUCCUCUCCUCACCGCUAUUUAUGAAAAAAACGAAAACAUUGCAGAAUUACUAUUACAAAAAGGACCUAAAAUUUAUAGUUGCAAAAAAGGUAAUAGUCCUUGUCAUGUUGCAGUUAUGAAUCAUUUAUGCAAUGUAACCGAAAAACUUUUACAAAUGGGGGCCAAUGUAGACUCACGUUCAAAAUCUUACUGUAUUAAAGAAUUUACACCACUUCAUUGUGCUACUGCGAAUGGAGAUUUCGAGAUUGUUAAGAUUCUCUUCAAAAAUGGAGCAAGUGUACAUUCUAAAACAGCACAAGGACUAACACCUCUACAUUUAGCAUGUAAAAGUAGCAAUGUAAAAAUAAUCGAGUUACUUUUAACCAACAAUGCUGAUAUAAAUGCUCGUACGAAUAAUAUGUUAACUCCAAUCUACAUAGCUGUAGAAAAUGCUAGACAAGAAGCUGUAAGGUUUUUGUUGGAGCGCGGAGUCAACAUUAAUGAUGAAUUCGAAAACCAAAAAACUAUACUUAGCUGUGCUGUAGACAAAGGCUUAUCGGCAAUAGUCGAGGACAUUCUUCAGUACUCUCCAGUUAUUAAUACAAUUAAUAAACAUUCUUUUAGAACUGUACUUAGAAAAACCGACGGUAAUUAUUCAGGAAUGAUUCAAAGUCUACUAAGAUAUGGGUUUUCUCUUGAUCAUGACGACAUAUAUGAUACUUCUUUGCUGCAUAAUGCAAUAAAACUGGGCUAUACUGAAAUUAUUCAAGAACUAAUAAAGCUCGGUCUGGAUUUGACUUGUAGUAAAAAAGAAAAUUGUAAUAAUUUGCAUAUUGCUGUACAAAACAAACAACUAGAAGUAGCAAAACUCUUGCUCAACCAUGAAGCUGAUGUGAAUGCCAGGGACGAAACUGGUAAAGCUCCUUUAUUUUACUCUAUCAAAAACUCCGACUUAAAUAUGACUAAACUCCUUAUAUCACAAGGGGCGAGAAUUGAAAAAGAAAAUUGUUUCAUUUUGCACAUUGCUGUACAAAAUAAACAAUUUGAGUUAGCGCAACUUUUGCUUAACCAUGGAGCUGAUGUGAAUGCCAGAGACAAAUGUAAUGAACCUCCUGUAUAUUAUUCAAUCCAAAACUACGACGUUGCUAUGACUAAACUCUUAGUAUUAAAAGGAGCCAGUGUUCAACAAAAUCCUAAACUGCUAACACUUGCUUGCACUUACGAACCUGAUAAAUCUCCUAUAUUUCAUCCAAUCCAAAACUCUUACGAAAAUAAACUCUUACUUUUAAAAGCAGCCAGUAUUCAACGAUAUUCUGAUCAAACCUGUAAAGAAAUAAUCGAAAUUCUUCUUGAGAAUAAAGUUGAUAUUGAAGCCACUGAUAGUCAAGGACGGACUGCAUUACACCUAAUCGCGUCAAGUAAAUAUAAAAAAUCCUUUGAAUGCAACAAGCCUGACGACAAGAUCAAGACUGAAAUUGCUAAAAUGCUACUCAAUAUGGGUGCCAAUGUUAACGCUAAAACUAAAGAUGGAUCUUCAGCCCUUCAUUUAGCAUGUUUAAAUGAAUAUACAAAUAUAGUCGAAGCUCUUUUAGAAUUCCAAGCUGAUGUUGAUUGUGUUGGCAAAAGUUCUACUCCAUUGCAUUUGGCUGUUCAUACGGAAAACGUAACUAUUGUUGAAAUGCUUCUGAACAAAAGACCUAACGUAAAUUGCAAAAAAGAAAAUGGCAGCACCCCUCUUCAUAUUGCAGUACAAAAAAAAUAUACAGAUAUCGUCAAAAUGUUGCUUAAAAAUGGUGCAAACGUGGAUUUAAGGAACAAAGAUGGAACUUCACCAUUCCAUUUGGCUGCCAAAACCGGAAACUCAGAUAUUAUUGAAAUGCUCAUGGAAAAUAAACCGAACAUAAAUUCUCAAGAUGAAAAUGGUGACACACCUCUUCAUUAUGUAGCAACAUAUUUUAAAGAUGCUGUGAAAAUUUUGCUUAAAAAUGAUGCAAACGUGAAUUUAAAAAAUAAAAAUGGCAUGACACCAUUGCAUUUUGCUGCUGCUAGAGGAGAUGAAAUUAUUAUUGAAAUGCUUCUAGCAAAAAAGGCAAACAUAAAUUCUAUAAACGAAAAUGGUAAUACAGCUCUUCAUAUUGCUGUGGAAAAUAGAAAUAGAAAUACUUUAAAAAUGUUGCUUCAAAAUGGAGCAGAUGUGUAUUCUAAAAACAAUAAUCAUGCCACACCACUCCACAUGGCCUUGUAUUAUACAUCUAUGCAAUGUCUUGAAACUGUUUCUAUUCUCUUAGAGCAUGGGUCUCCUAUUGAUUCCGAAGAUAAAGACGGUAAUACACCUCUACAUCUUGCAAUUGAUUCACAGAGGAGCGAUUUUAUCAAAUUACUUUUUGAUUUUGGAUCUGAUGUUAAUGUUUCUAAUAAAGGAAAUGCUACACCUGUUGAUUUAGCAUACCGUGAGUAUUCCCGUCCUAUUUAUUUUGAGCACUGUUAUGACUCAGAUGAUGAGUCUUUGGAUGGAUAUGCCGAUCGUUAUGAAAGUGCUAAAUUGAUCCAAAAAGAUGUUUUUAAAAUUGUAAUGAUACACUUGAUAAAGUUGAAGGCUGCAAAUUUAUAUUUUGGAAAAAAGGAUGUGUAUCAGCUUUUCGAUGAUAUUGAUUUCAUUAAAUCACACGAAGAGGAAUGUACAAAAGAAAUAAUUGAAUUAAAACUCGAGAAAAUUGCAAAUACUAAUUUAAAUUUUUAUGAUAUUUUAACGAAAAGUACUAACUCAUUGGUUAAUUAUGCUAGAAAUGAAGAUGUUCAAAGAGUUUUUAAAUCAAGUCAAUUUGGAAAUAAGUUCCCGAUGUAUGGUUCAAUAAUUGAAAGAAACUUCCAAAAGGCUACACAAAGAAGUCAAUUGCUUGAAACAGGUCACGAGUUUUUCAAAUGUUAUUUUGAAAUUCCAUAUGAAUGUGCUGAACAAUUAUUAAAAUACUUGAGUAAUGCUGAUUUACACAACUUCAUAUAUAUAUAAAAAUGUAUUUAAUCGCUUAAGCCUGGUACGCU